UGAGGUGUGGCUGGAACUGCUCGGAAUGCGAAGUGGGAGGGGGCGGGCUGAAAGUUGGAGAAAGCAGGAAGUGAACCCAGGGCGGCCGGGAGGAAACAAACUAAGCGAGUUCUGCCGCUGACAGGCCCGAGCUGCCGAGACAUGGAGGAUGCCAGUGGAGGUGGAGGAAAUGAUCGAGUGCGGAACUUGCAGAGUGAGGUGGAGGGAGUCAAGAAUAUUAUGACCCAGAAUGUGGAGCGGAUCCUGGCCCGAGGAGAAAACUUAGACCACCUUCGCAACAAGACAGAGGAUCUGGAAGCCACAUCCGAGCACUUCAAGACAACCUCGCAGAAGGUGGCUCGGAAGUUUUGGUGGAAGAACGUGAAGAUGAUUGUCCUCAUCUGUGUGGUUGUUCUUAUCGUCGUCGUCUUAAUUGCGCUCUUUGUCUCUGGUGUCAUCCCCUAAGUGACUUAGGGAGCCCCUCCCACCUUGCCCUCCUUUUCUUGGCGUUUCUCCAUGGUGGGCGUCCAGAGGGGCCCUCUCCCAUCAAACUCCACGGGGAAUGCUGCUCAGUCCUGUGUCCCCUCACUCUGAGGUCUCUCUGCCACACUGUCUGGCCCAGGAAGGACCCUGGUCCCCCGAAAGGAGAGAGCUGGAGUGUGGCUGCAUUUCGUAAGUCCUGAAUUGGUUGGAGAGACCCGGGGAGCCCAGCAUGUGGCUGGGACAUUGAUGGUGCCUGGUGGGCAAUAAAGACCCUUCAGAAUCCCUACA